AUGGGGUCUUCUAGGUCAAAUGCCCGUAUUAUUAGGUUUGCAGUAUUUGCUCUUAUAUUGAUUGGAUGUGGGUUCAUCCUUUCGAGAGGCUCAUACUAUAAUGCUGACGUUAACCCAGGUACAAACUUGCAAGCUAAACCAGCUAGCGACGGAAGUAUUGCUAGUGGUGGUGAACAAAAUGCUGGUAGUGUUAGUGGUGAUAGUGCUGCUGGUAAUGGUGGAAAUGUGCAAGCAGAAUUGCAGAUUUCCAACCAAAAUGUGCCAGCAGCAGCCAAGCCAAAGGCUGAAGCAGGAGCUAACAAGAAGGACAAGGUCAAGGCUACGUUUGUAUCUCUUGCUAGAAAUUCUGAUUUGAACUCGUUGCUUGGGUCUAUCAGACAAGUUGAAGAUCGUUUCAACCACAAAUUCAACUAUGAUUGGGUUUUCUUGAACGAUAAACCUUUUUCGGAUGAAUUUAAAGAGGUCACCAGUGCCGUUGUUUCAGGAACCACUAAGUAUGGUUUGAUUCCAGAAGAACAAUGGUCUUUCCCACCAUGGAUCGAUCAAGAAAAGGCUGCAUUGACCAGAGAACAAAUGAAAGAGAAGGGAAUCAUCUACGGUGAUUCGAAGUCCUACAGACAUAUGUGUCGUUACGAAUCUGGAUUUUUCUGGAGACACGAAUUGAUGAUGGAUUACGAUUACUACUGGAGAGUCGAACCAGACAUCAAGAUUUACUGUGACAUCGACUACGAUGUGUUUAAGUGGAUGAGUGACAACAACAAGGCCUACGGUUUUACCAUUUCAUUGCCUGAAUAUAAGGAAACUAUCCCAACAUUGUGGGAUGUUACUAAAAAAUUCAUCAAGGAAAACCCACAACACAUCGCCAAGAACAAUAUGAUGGAAUGGAUUUCCACCGACAACGGUGAAACUUACAACGGGUGCCAUUUCUGGUCCAAUUUCGAAAUUGCUAGCUUGAAGUUAUGGAGAUCCGAAGCAUAUAAGGCAUACUUCGAAACUUUAGAUAAGAAUGGAGGUUUCUUCUACGAAAGAUGGGGUGACGCGCCAGUUCACUCGAUUGCUGCUGCCUUAUUCUUACAGAAGGACCAAAUUCACUUUUUCGACGAUGUUGGAUAUUACCAUGUUCCUUUCCACAACUGUCCAGUCUCUAAAGAAACCAGAUUGAAGAAUAAAUGUGUGUGUAACCCAGAUGAGGAUUUCACCUGGAAGGGUUACUCCUGUACAACCAAAUUCUACACUGUCAACAACCUCCCAAGACCUAAGGGAUGGGAAAAUUUCACCUAG